AUGACUCCAGGAGAUUUCAUCUCGUCAUUCUAUGAGGGGUUGUUGGAUAGUGCAAAGACCAUACUUGAUACCUCAUCUGUUGGAGGUAUUUUCAUUGAUAUGGGUCCUGAAUAUGGCGAGCAGCUGAUUGAGAGAAUUACUUCGAACACUGCUUACUGGUACAAUGAGAGGAGUGAUCCACCGAAGAAAGAGAAAUCGGCUGGGAUGUUUGAAGUAGAUGACAAGAUGGCGAUGCAGGCUCAGUUGGAUUCCAUCCAGCACAUGCUCAAGCAGAUGAUGCAGGCUCCUACUCAGAAUCCUAGUAGUCAAGUUCCUCAGCCUAAUGUAGAGCAAGUUGAUUUGGUCGGUUACUCUAGACCACAGGGACAAGGGCAAGGUUAUGGGAAUUACCAGCAGCAAGGGAGAAAUCAGUUUGUUCCCUCUUGGAACAAUCAGGGCAAUCAAGUGAGAAAUCCACCACCAGGCUUUCAAGGAAAUCAAGGGAACAAGGGAGGAAAUCAAGGAUCUCAAUGGAGGAAUAACCAGAAUCAGAAUCAGGGACAGUUUCACCAAGGCAAUCAAGGCUAUGGGAAUAGUCAAGGCCAGGGAUUCUCUAAACCUUCUCAGGAUGUAGACAUGCGGACUUUCAUGAACACUAUGAUGGCUCAGAUGGGCAAGCUACAAGUGAAUGCAGUGACCACGAGGAGUGGAUUAUCUUUGAAGGAUCCUCCCUUUCCUUCUGAUGAUCCAGUGCUUGGGAGAGUAGAUGAGGAAACGGUAGCUGCCAGAGAGGAGGUUGAAGUAGAAGGUGAUGACAUUCCUGAUAAGAACAAGGAGGAACCUGCAGGUAGUGCUAAAAGAAAAGCUCCCGUGCAAGAGGAAAGAUUGUGGAGAUCCAGGGAGACUGAGAGAGAGAACAAGUUCAAGAUGAUGCUAGACAAGUUGGAGAUUUCUAUGCCUUUCGUGGAUGUAGUGACUCAGAUUCCUUCAUACAAGAAAUUCUUGAAGGAUAUUCUGAGUAAUAAGAAGAAGUUGGAGAAGAGUGCAGUGGUGGAUCUCAGUGAGGGAGCUUUGACUUGUGCGGUUCUCCAACAGAAAUUGCCUCCUAAGCUGAAGGAUCUAGGUAGUUUCACCAUUCCUUGUAUCAUUGGGGGAUUUGUAGUGGGUAGUGCUUUAUGUGAUCUGGGUGCAAGUGUUAGCCUUAUGCCAUAUUCUCUUUGUAAGAGGCUUAACCUGGGUAAUCCCAAGCCUACUACUAUGACUCUUUAG